AUGAAAAUUAUUUUCCAAAGUUUCUUCUUUCUUUUGUUCUUAGUGCUAUUAGUACAAGAGGCAAAUGGUGGAGGAGACGAGUUGAAUGGCGGACAUGCUACCAAUUUAGGAAAAUGUUCUGGAGAAUUGGGUGAUAACUAUUUGUCGGCAGAAACAGUAGGGCCCUAUGAGUGCACUGCAUAUUCGGCUAAAAAUUGCGAUGGUCAAUCUGUUGUUAUACCUAGCACUGGUGUUAAUUUUGAUUUCAAUAUACAAUCAGUAAAAUGUGAAUGUAAAUAA